GCUUCCUGUGGUUGUACUUUCAACUUCAUGGCGUCCGCAUCAUGUGCGUCGCAAGUGGAUCUUCAUAUAUCAUGCAAAGGACUGCCAAACAUGGACAUUACAUCAAAAUCCGACCCACUGGUAGCUGUAAUGCUCCAUGACAGAAAUAGCGAUCAAUGGAAAGAGGUGGGAAGAACAGAGAGAGUGAUGAACACACUGGAUCCGUUGUUUGCGACGUCCGUAGGGCUAACGUAUCGUUUUGAAGAAGUUCAGAAAUUGGAUUUCCGUGUUUAUGACAUUGAUGAGUAUACGACGCAUUCUCUGGACGACGACGACUUUCUGGGAUCUGCAGAGACGACACUCGGACUGAUUGUAGGCAAUCAUGUGACAACAUUGCCACUGAAGAGGAAAGGAAAAGAUGCUGGAACAAUAACGCUUGUUGCUGAAGAAACAUCGAACGUCAAAGAAAUGCUCACAUUUCAUUUCUAUGCCAGAAAUCUUGACAACAAGGACUUCCUUUCAAAAUCAGAUCCAUAUCUAGAAUUUACGCGUGCUGUUGGAGACAUGUAUAUUACGACUCAUCGCACUGAGGUGGUGAACAAUAAUCUGAACCCCAACUGGCGACCAUUCAGUCUUUCAUCUGAACAACUAUGUGGUGGAAACGAAGACAAAGAACUAAAAGUGAGUUGUUAUGACUACGAUGAUGAUGGUGGACACGAUCUUAUUGGUAUUUUUACGACAAGUGUAAGAGAGAUGAAACAAGCAACGAAGCAGCCUCUCCAGUGGGAGUGUAUUUCACCCAAGAAAGCGAAGAAGAAGAAAAAGUAUCGUAACUCCGGUGUGAUACACUUGUCAAGAAUUCAGGUUGAAAAACUUUACUCGUUCGUCGAAUUUCUAUCCGGCGGAUGCCAAAUCAACUUCACAGUGGGGAUCGACUUCACAGGAUCUAAUGGUGAUCCACAACAACCCACAUCACUGCACUACAUGAAUCCGUAUCAACCCAAUGAAUACAUGCAAGCUCUUACGACUGUGGGCAGCAUCUGUGAGCAAUAUGACUCCGACAAGCGGUUUCCUGCGUUUGGAUUUGGCGCGAAACUUCCGAAUGGAUCGAUAUCACACGAAUUCCCAUUGAAUUUCAAUCCAUCCAAUCCCUACUGUGAAGGUAUUAUGGGUGUGUCAGCAGCAUAUCAGAAUGUUUUACGUCAAGUGACUUUGUGGGGACCGACAAAUGCUGCUCCAAUAAUCAAUCAUGUUGCGAAGUUUGCGAUGGAUGCAUCGCGGUCUGAAACAGCAAAUAACUAUUUCAUUUUAUUGUUGAUAACUGACGGUGUCCUAUCAGACAUGGUCGAGACCAAAAAGGCCGUCAUUCGUGCAUCUUCUCUCCCCAUGUCAGUAAUCAUCGUCGGUGUCGGCAAUGCCGAUUUCUCAGACAUGCAUGUACUCGACUCGGAUGACAGCAGGCUGUCUUACGGUCACAUGCAAGCCGAGAGAGAUAUAGUGCAAUUCGUGCCUUUCAGAAAGUACAGAACGGCGCCACCUGCAGAUUUAGCGAGGGAUGUCUUGGCUGAAGUUCCAGCUCAAGUUGUUGAAUAUUUUCGUAUCAAGAGAAUACAGCCAAUGAAACGUCCCGAAAUGUGACAGUUUUGCUACAGUUGCCGUGUUAUUGUAUUAUUCUGCUCUUUUUUGUUGUUGCAAUUUUUGGUGUUUGAUGUGGGCUUUUGUGGUGGGAAGUUGACAGACGAUUUUCGUAGUCUGUGUAAGUGCACUGUUGACUUGCUGUCUAUUAAUUCUUGUGUCAUCAUUUGGGGAAAAUACAAAUUGAAUGAUUAUGAAAGUACAGGAGCUAUAGUACUUGCUUGUUUGUUUCCUGUCUUUAUCUGCUUGUUGUCUGUCUGUCUGUCUGUCUGUCUGUCUAUCGGUUUGUCUUCUUCUUUGUUUGUUGUCUGUCUGUCUGUCUGUCUGUCUGUCUGUCUGUCUGUUUGUCUAUCUGUCUUCUAAUACAGACUAUACUUCCAUAAAUCUCAGCUGACACAAUCAGUAACCAACUGAACAGGACCAUAAGUCAGCAUUUCUCAUAAGCUGCCUACUGUCUGCUUGGUCUUACGUCAGGACUGAGAAACUUGCGGACCUGAACGGGAGACCACAGGGCAAUUAACUACCCAGAUAUGGGCAAUAAACCAACCAAUCAGAAGUGUUUCACAUGUAUAGUUCCACCCAAUCAAGAGGAAACAAAGUAGGCGCGAAGUUCAAAACUCUCACUUCUUUGUGUCUACUGUACACGAUAUCAGAGAUGUCUUUUAACGGCAUGGUUCAAGGUCUGGCUUAAUUCAGCUGACUUUCGUCUGUUUGAAACAUUCUCUUCUGAGACUUCAACAAGAGGGCAGUAACUAGUGCAGAUCUCUUUUCCUCUCUGCAUCAAACACUGGAGGCAUUUGAAGAAUCAGUGACCUUCAACAAAUCAUCUGAAGGAUCGAGACUACAAUAACUGGUUAGUCAAGGAAACAGCAAACUGGCUAAUCAGCAAUGGUUUUGAAGAAUGAAUACGUUGCUACCAGAUUUAUUGUAACUUGCUUCUCCAGAUGAAGAGAUAGACAGAGAAGCAAGCAAUGGCAGAUAUGACACCAUGCGGGCUUCAGGAAAUUGGUAUCAAGAAGAUGGGGCACAAACUAAAAUUUAUUCGCAGGAUUAAAGCCAGGAAAAGAAAACAUAAACCAGAACAAAACUGGCUCCACCAGUACCAGUCAAAUGUGCAAGAUAAGUAAUUUAUCUGGGAAAUUGACUCAGAACUGCCAGACGUACCUAAAGAUUCACCAUUCACACAUAUCAUAAUGUCAAUUGUUAUAUACAAAGUAUAAUUAUAGUUACUAAGACGCAUACCAAAGUACUCAAGCAAAGACAAGAAACUGGCUAGUUGUGGAACUAAAAGCACUGCGUGACAGAGACAGGAGAUUG